UUAAUCCGGGCUUUGGGAACCUGCUUGUGACUCAUUCAUAGGCUACCACCGCGGCCGUCCCGUCCCUUCGCCAGCAGGACUGCAGGGGCCAAUGCCAUGCACUUCAUUCUCGGAAUCACCGCCUCGGGACCGUAUGGAGACCAAGUUCUGCGUCUGGCGCGCAGCUCUAUGUCCUGGACCAGAUUCUAAAAUCAUUCAGAGCAGCAGACACUACCUCUGCCCGUGUGGGGAUAUAAAACAUGCGAAACCAAAGUCAGGGUGUCUCAGUCGGUGCCCGCAAACUCAAACAGAGAACUCCCUCGACGUGUUCAGGCUGUUUUCUCCGCUAAGCGCACACUCCUCCAGCGCCUGUGAACAUGCCUCCGGGUCUGCCUGCCUCUAAAGCCCUCUACAUUGGGAUGGAGGUGGUGAUCGCCCUGUCGUCGGUCAUCGGUAACGUGAUGGUGGUCUGGGCUGUGCGUAUUAACCGGUCUCUGAGAGACACCACGUUUUGUUUCAUCGUCUCCCUGGCCUCGGCUGACAUUGCGGUCGGGGCUCUUGUCAUCCCGCUCGCCAUAACCAUCAGCAUCGGACUCCAGACGCACUUUUACAGUUGCUUGCUGGUCGCCUGCACUGUGCUCGUCCUCACUCAAAGUUCAAUCCUGGCACUGCUGGCCAUAGCCAUCGACCGCUAUCUGAGAGUCAAAAUACCCAUGAGCUACAAGCGUGUGGUGACCCCUCGGCGAGCUGGCACGGCCGUGUUAUUGUGUUGGCUGGUGUCCAUCAUAGUGGGCCUCACGCCCAUGUUGGGCUGGAAUAACCUGCAGAGUCUCCGUGACAAUGGCUCCCUGAUCACUGAUGACCUCUUGGUGACCUGUGAGUUUGAGACAGUCAUCAGCAUGGACUACAUGGUCUACUUCAACUUCUUUGGCUGGGUGCUGCCCCCUCUGCUCCUCAUGCUGGUCAUCUAUGUUGAGAUUUUCUACAUGAUCCACAAGCAGCUGAACAAGAAGGUGACAGCUAGCCACACAGACCCCAGCCGUUACUUUGGCAAGGAGCUCAAGCUGGCCAAGUCGCUUGCACUUGUUCUUUUCCUCUUCGCAGUCAGCUGGCUCCCUCUACACAUCCUCAACUGCAUCACCCUCUUUUGCCCUGGUUGUGAUAAGCCAGUGUUCCUCAUUUACAUUGCCAUCAUCCUCACCCACGGCAACUCGGCUGUGAACCCCAUCGUUUACGCUUUCCGCAUCAAGAAAUUCCGCACAGCAUUCCGGAAAAUCUGGAAACAGUAUGUGCUCUGUCAGGACCCAGUCGGUCGUCUUCCUCAAAGAGGGAGUCAGAGAGGACAAAGUCAUGAGAGGAGGCUGAGGCACAAUGAUGAUGACGAUGAUGACGUGUGACCUUUGGCAACUUAUUGGAUUGCUGUGUAACUGCUAAGUUUCACUCCACUGGUUCACAGAAUGGAAAAUAAGUUAUUUUCAUGCUUGAGGAAUUACCAGUCAAAACGACAUUAAUAGCAUCAAAGGAUGUCAGAGGGAUGAAAUAGAUGAGGGAACUUCAUCGUCGACUAACUGAUUUCCUCCAUCCAACAAAAUGUCUGAGGACAAGAUGACGAUAUGGAGAUCGCAUGGAGAUGGGAUAGACAUCCUAAAUCAGACUUUGAUUUAAAUAAGACUUAUAUAUUGUCUAUUUUCCCACCGGCUGACAAAAUGAUGAUGAUGUCGUAUGGGAUAAGGGGCUUCUCAUCCGUUUCAACACCAACCUGUUGAACUUGAAUCAGUAAGUGUAUAUCUGUAGCACACGUGGUACAAUAGAAGUGUAUGCUCUACUGCAUUUUUGACCUGAACUAAAACUCAUGGCCUUUUUCAUGUGAAUAAUCUCAAAUUGUUAAGCAUUGUAUUAUGCUCUACAUUUACAUGCUUAGUUCUGUGGCCUUAUGGACAGAAAAUCUAAUGAAGAUGAACUAGGCAUUGUGUUAAUUGUAUGAAUCUGGUAAACCAGUGGUGGGGAAACAGGGAGUUUGCGCAACCAACUUGAGAUGGACCAGGAGACAGGACACAGUAUGCUGGCUGCAUGGAUGUCAAAAUGUGAAAUGUGCUCACUUGGAAUUAGAACCCAGGAUCUUUGGUGCAAUGAACCUCUGUUUUACCUACUGCGCUAAUGUCAUUAGAUUCAUAGCCUUUACAGAUGUGUGGUGCAAUCCAGUGCAUGUGAAGGUUAAGUUUUUUGACUUUUCAGAGACCAUUUGACUGACAGAAUAACUAGUACUAGCUAAUAGUUGUAGCCAAAAAAGCAUCCAUGCUAAAAGAAAAAUUACUUGACCUAUAGUAACUAUAUAACAGUAGCUGAAUAAUUUUGUUUGAAUGGAGGACUGUGAAUAUAAAGAAUGUUGGAGCUUCUCCAGUUGAUUAUUUUUACCCUACAAUGUACCUCUGCCAGGCACUUUCCACUGCUUGCAGGUGGGAACCUUAAAACAUUUCCCCCCUGUUUCUUUGUAAUAAAGUAGGUAUAUCAAUGUAGCAUCAUUACAUCCUCCCUGUCAUUUUUGUUGCAGGGCCAACUGACCAGUAUUGCCCUUCAGAAUGAAUGAGAUUUGACAAGAAAAAUACAUGUUGACACGGGACUGCUGACACAUAUAAUACGUACUGUAUGUAACUAAUAGAUGUAUAAAGGUUAAUGGCGGCUACUGUAUAAAAUUCAACUCACUGAGCAUCUCACUUACAUGUCCUCUUACAGCUGUGGACUGAUUGUGCAGAUUGGGAAAUCCUCCCUCAAAACAUGUCAUUUAAUUUUUUUUUACAAAAUAGAUAGAAUAGAAAUGGAGACAAGAAUGUAAGCAAAAAUGUAACAGCAUAGUGAGCCCUGAUUUACAUUUAUAACGCUGUAUGUGCAUUAGCAGGUGGAAGCAUCAGGAUUCACUCUGUGCUUUGUGAAAGAAAUAGCAUCUCACUUUCUCUCCACGCUUCUCUGUAUCAAGGCUAAAGCCAUCAGUGGUGGGAGGUUAUUUUUCGUCUGCACACUUCGAUUUUCUGUCUCACAGCAGAGGUCUGGCUCAUGUACGAAUAAGUGAGUAGGUUAGGAGGGUGUGGGAGUCCAGGGGUGAAGUGAUGGAAGAAUUGUUCUGUUUACAAGGGAACCAGAAGGCAAGAGUGCAGCUGAGGAACUUAUCAAGAGUUUACAUCUCUCAACAUUAAGGCCAGCCAGAUGCUUUCCCAACAAAUAAAGAGGCUUGUUAAUGUGACCCUGUUGAGACCUCUGACUUAACCUGCUGUAAAAUUGUGUGUUGCAACAUAUACACAAUACACCAGUUAUGGUUCUUUUAAAUUGAAACACAUGCUUAAAGGCAUGCACAGUGUCUGUUGGAAACAUCCACCCUAUAAGUAAGAGAGAAUAGAUUCCAGC